AUGUAUUUGCUUACACCACAAUCUAAAGACGUUUUGGUCUUAUGGAAGGAAAAGCCAAAGGACAGGGGAAGCGAAAGCCAAGUCAACAUGUCCACCCCAACGUCUGACAUUGCUAAAGUUCCCGAGAUGAAGCCACAAAUCAAAAUAGGCCAUUACAUUCUCAAGGAUACUCUUGGAGUUGGCACCUUCGGUAAAGUAAAAGUUGGAAUCCAUGAAGCCACUGGUUAUAAAGUAGCAGUGAAGAUCCUCAAUCGCCAGAAGAUCAAAACUCUAGAUGUAGUUGGAAAGAUCAGACGGGAGAUACAAAAUCUCUCUUUAUUCCGUCAUCCACAUAUAAUUCGGCUGUAUCAGGUAAUAAGCACUCCUACUGAUAUAUUCAUGAUAAUGGAAUACGUAUCAGGUGGCGAACUCUUCGACUACAUUGUCAAGCAUGGUCGCCUUAAAACGCCCGAGGCCCGCCGAUUCUUUCAGCAAAUCAUAUCUGGAGUAGAUUACUGUCACAGACAUAUGGUCGUGCAUAGGGAUUUAAAACCAGAGAAUCUUUUACUAGACGAGCACAACAAUGUGAAAAUAGCUGACUUCGGUUUGUCUAACAUUAUGACGGAUGGUGAUUUUCUCCGGACAAGUUGUGGAUCGCCAAACUAUGCUGCACCUGAAGUAAUCAGCGGCAAGCUCUAUGCUGGACCCGAGGUGGACGUGUGGUCUUGUGGUGUAAUACUUUACGCUCUGCUUUGCGGUACUCUUCCUUUCGAUGACGAACAUGUUCCCACGCUGUUCAGAAAGAUAAAAUCCGGAGUUUUUCCCAUACCAGAGUACUUAGACAAGCCCUUGGUCAAUUUGCUUUUGCACAUGCUAAUGGUCGAUCCAAUGAAGAGAGCUACUAUCAAAGAUGUUAUUGCCCACGAAUGGUUCCAAAAGGAUUUGCCUGCUUAUUUGUUCCCACCUGUGAACGAAUCUGAAGCCUCUAUAGUGGACAUCGAAGCUGUGCGUGAAGUUACUGAGCGCUACAAUGUGCCUGAAGAGGAAGUCACUGCAGCUCUCCUUGGUGAUGAUCCACAUCAUCAUCUUUCAAUAGCGUACAAUCUUAUUGUCGAUAACAAAAGAAUAGCUGACGAAAGUAAGUGUGUUAAAAAUUUUUGCAAGGUCCUCGAUUUUAAAAUCUUACUAAAUUGA